AUGUGUAAGGUGGAAGAAAUGGAGAUACACAUAGUUGAAAGCUGCCCGCAAUAUGCUGACAAAAGAAAAAGACUAUUAGAAAGACUGCAACUUAUUGAAUAUCCGUGAUGGGAAGUUGGACUAGCUGAAACAGUACUAUAUGGACAUAGAUUCGAGCUGAACUUAGAGAAAUGAGAAAAGGAAAAUGAAAAUGCAAGCGUUGACGCGGUAGACAGGGCUAUCAAGCACUUCCAUGAGGAGAUACUAAUUUCAAGAGCAAAAAAGCAUAAACUGAUAAAGGAGAAGGACGAGCUAUUGACGAAGAAAAGUGAAGGGACAAGGCAGUUUAAAAUAGAGGAUUGAUUAAUUAGGAAAAUAAAAAAACCCAUAAAGGGUUUUGCUGCAGGCAUUGCCUGUUGAGCUAUAAAGGUAAAGGUAAAGGCAUUUAUUUAUGAACUUUGUGGAAGAAUGGCUAAAAGUCGAAUUAGAGAUCCAAAAGUAAAACUGACAAUAGCAAGUACUAUUUUAUUAGCACUAUUGAAUCCUGUUACCAAUUCAGUCAUUCAAUCCUUGUACAAUGGUAAUCAGAUUAGCUUUAAUUUAUGAAUCAAUAAAUUUAAUGCAAGUUAUUGUAUUGUGCUUGGCUAA